AUGGAUAAAUAAGCAUGGCCUUCCUCCUGGCGUCCUUGCUGGCAUUCCUGAGUUUGGGCUCCGGAUGUCAUCACAGGAUCUGUCACUGCUCUAACAGGGUUUUCCUCUGCCAGGAGAGCCAGGUGACGGCGAUUCCCUCUGACAUCCCCAGGAACGCCGUUGAACUGAGAUUUGUCCUCACCAAGCUUCGAGUCAUCCCAAAAGGAGCAUUUUCAGGAUUUGGAGACCUGGAGAAAAUGUACGUACCUGCCAAUGCUGUGUGUGAAUGCCUAGAGCUGACCCUGAGCAGCAACCUCAGAUCACAUCUAGUUAGAAUUGAAAAGGCCAACAACCUGCUGCACAUUGACCCUGAGUCCUUCCAGAACCUCCCCAACCUGCGAUAUCUGUUAAUAUCCAACACAGGUAUUAAGCACUUGCCAGCUGUUCACAAGAUUCAAUCUCUCCAAAAGGUUUUACUAGACAUUCAAGAUAACAUAAACAUCCACACAGUUGAAAGAAAUUCAUUCAUGGGACUGAGUUUUGAAACUGUGAUUCUAUGGCUGAACAAGAAUGGGAUUCAGGAAAUCCACAACUGGGCAUUCAAUGGAACCCAACUAGAUGAACUGAAUCUAAGUGACAACAGUAAUUUGGAAGAAUUGCCUAAUGAUGUUUUCCGGGGAUCGUCUGGACCCAUCAUUCUAGAUAUUUCAAGAACAAGGAUCCAUUCUCUGCCUAGCUAUGGCUUAGAAAAUCUUAAGAAGCUGAGAGCCAGGUCAACUUACAACUUAAAAAAGCUUCCCAGUUUGGACAAAUUUGUCACGCUCAUGGAAGCCAGCCUCACCUACCCCAGCCACUGCUGUGCCUUUGCCAACUGGAGACGGCAAAGCUCUGAGCUUCAUCCAAUUUGCAACAAAUCUAUUUUAAGGCAAGAAGUUGAUGAUUUGGCUCAGGCUAGGGGUCAGAGAGUCUCUUUGACAGAAGAUGAUAAGUCCAGUUACGGCAGAGGAUUUGACCUGAUGUAUAGUGAAUUGGACUAUGACUUAUGUAAUGAAGUGGUUGACGUGACCUGCUCCCCUAAGCCCGAUGCAUUCAACCCAUGUGAAGAUAUCAUGGGGUACAACAUCCUCAGAGUCUUGAUAUGGUUUAUUAGCAUCCUGGCCAUCACUGGGAACAUCGUAGUGCUGGUGAUCCUGAUUACCAGCCAGUACAAACUCACUGUCCCCCGGUUCCUUAUGUGCAACCUGGCCUUUGCUGACUUCUGCAUUGGCAUCUACCUGCUGCUCAUAGCAUCUGUUGAUAUCCACACCAAGAGCCAAUACCACAACUAUGCCAUUGACUGGCAGACUGGAGCAGGCUGUGAUGCUGCCGGCUUCUUCACUGUCUUUGCCAGUGAGCUCUCAGUGUACACCCUGACAGCCAUCACCCUGGAAAGAUGGCAUACCAUCACCCAUGCCAUGCAGCUGGACUGCAAGGUGCAGCUCCGCCAUGCUGCCAGUGUCAUGCUGGUGGGCUGGAUCUUUGCCUUCGCAGUUGCCCUCUUGCCCAUCUUUGGCAUCAGUAGCUACAUGAAGGUCAGCAUCUGCCUGCCCAUGGAUAUUGACAGCCCCUUGUCACAACUGUAUGUCAUGUCCCUCCUUGUGCUCAAUGUCCUGGCCUUUGGGGUCAUCUGUGGCUGCUACACCCACAUCUACCUCACAGUGAGGAAUCCCAACAUCGUGUCUUCUUCUAGUGACACCAAGAUCGCCAAGCGUAUGGCCAUGCUCAUCUUCACUGACUUCCUCUGCAUGGCACCCAUCUCCUUCUUUGCUAUCUCUGCUUCCCUCAAGGUACCCCUCAUCACUGUGUCAAAGUCAAAGAUCCUCCUAGUCCUGUUCUACCCCAUUAACUCCUGCGCCAACCCUUUCCUCUAUGCCAUCUUUACCAAGACCUUCCGCAGGGAUUUCUUCAUUCUGAUGAGCAAGUUUGGCUGCUACGAAAUGCAAGCCCAGAUCUAUAGGACAGAAUCUUCAUCCACUGCCCACAACUCCCAUCCAAGGAAUGGCCACUGCCCUCCAGUUCCCAGGGUCACCAAUGGUUCCAGUUAUACACUUGUCCCUCUAAGCCAUUUAGCGAAGAGCUAAAACACAACGUGAAAAUGCAUCAGUGUUGAAUGACAGUUCGGUCUUGC